AUGAAUCGACCUCCGGGCACAGUGUCGCGGGAGACUCCCCACCCACGUCGUCCGCCCGCGCACAAGUCGGUUUCCCUCCGCCAUAGCCCACCGGUACCUGGCCGUCCGCCCGCCGCUCCCACCUUCUACCAGCCACUCACGUCGUUGAGUUCUCCCAAUGCUCCCGCGAGCGACAAGGCGAACCCACCUUCCAGUGCCUCAACGAAAGUCCAGUCGAAUAAGCUCAGCUCGGGGGAAAGUAGCGACGCCGGAAAGUGGUUCGAGAACACCAACAACAAUGCCGUCCAGAGCAAUGCGUCGUUCGCUGACAAUGAACCGCCGUUCUUCCUCCGCAACUCCUCCUCGUCCGACACCCCACCCGACCGUCAUGGACCACACGAACAUAGGGAUCAUCGAACGUCUACGAUGCCGUAUCGGCCCGGUUUGACCCACCUUGGCACAGACGGCAGCAGUACUGAAGAUUUUCGGAGUGUAAUUGACGAUUUGACUGUCGCGAACAAGAAAUUGAAGCAAAAGUUGAGGAAAUACGAAAAGCUCUACGACGCCCACCUUCAAGACGAGAAACUUUUCGAAGUGCGUUUCCAUGGACUGCCAGACCAUAAGAAGAAGGACUUGGAGGGAACUCUACGUAAAUUCGCCGCCGAACUGGAUGACAGUCCCAGCAGCGACAACCCACCGAUUUCAGAUCAGCCACCUUCCUUUAACCCGCAAAAGACGGCCUCUUCGCAUACAUCCCGGUUUGCAGAAUCAGGAUAUGCCUCCAUGUCCGCCUCGGGUCAGAACUCAAUAUCCGCGCCGUCAAAUCAAGCUUCGAACCAGCCGUCCAGCGAGACUGACCGUCGUCGCAUGACUAAAUCACAAUACAACCGACAACAGAAGAAUGUCCAGUUAUAUUUACACGACAUACCGGUUGGCCUGUUGCCAAAGAAUCAUGCACCGAUGACCGACAAAGCGAAGAAGAAGUUGGUGGUGCGUCGCCUAGAACAGAUCUUCGCUGGUAAGCGAUCGGCGUCUGGAAACCACCCGCAACCCAUGCAGCAGGAGGAGGUUGCCCAAUCAGCAGCCAUGGCCGAUCGACGCGCGAAAGAAGCAACUGGGCAGCACUACAAAUCCGAGGGUCACCGUGAAGCGCGCAUCAUGCCUGUCCGAACCGAGGACGAAGAUAUUGCUACGCAUGCGGGUGCCGAAUCGCUGCAGAAAUUGCACCCUAACCUUAACAUCCACGAACAAGACUUUGCUAGUUCCGGGUCCCCUGAUCAACGGCCGACUAGGCCGUUAGACUUGGAUCCGUAUCGUGCCCAAGUGCCCGCAGAAAACAUAGAGUAUAUCCGGCAUCUUGGCUUCACGCCUCCCGAUGUGGACACUGAUGAAGCGCCGUCUGAUGGACACGGGUGGCUGUAUCUCAACUUGCUUGUCAACAUGGCUCAGUUGCAUACGCUCAAUGUCACCCCCGAUUUCGUCAAGGACGCAGUAACCGACUACAGCUCGAAGUUUGAGCUUUCGCAUGACGGUCGCAAGAUACGAUGGAAGGGUGGUCACGACGUGACAAGAAACAGUAGCGACAGCUCGUCCGAGCAAUUGAGCUGCACUUCUCCAUAUGAGACGCUGGCCAGCGGUUAUAGCAAGUCGCCCGCAAAGCGGCUCAAGACUGGACACAGCGGCAGUAGCGAAUCGAAUAUUGACCCUGAGCGCAAGGCGCGACGUAUUGCUCGCUCUCAUAGGGACAAGGAGCACAACAAGUUUGCCUAUACGCCCAUUUUCUUUCACAAAGAGGACUCCGAUGACGACGACGACUUCUAUGGUGUCGACAUGGGCUCUUCGAGCAACUCUCUCAACCAAGCCCAGCAAGCUGGCGAUUCCUCUGCCUUUGCCAGUUCGGCAAUGCGGAGCUCUUCGUCAAGGAAGAAGCGCGAUGAAGGACCCAUGAUAUUCUACAGCAAAGCCAAAUUCUGUACCGACCUCAGUGGCGAUCGCCAGGGCUUCGCCAGCGCCAACCCCGCAUCAUACAAGACUAUCACGACGCACCCCCUUGGAGUUACCUCCGCGUCGCAAUCUGAAACCCGCCAACACACAUCCGACAUUGCCGAGCCGCGAGGUCCAUUGCACGCUACGACGAUGGAUAUCGAUGCUAAGGACGGCGAACGGACCUCUUCUAGCGAGGAGGAAAUCGACUUCUAUCCUACAGCCUUGAGGAACGACAACAGCAAUGACAGCCCGGACACCAUGGAAUUCGAAGCUUCGGGUCUCGGGGGUGUUCAACCGGACGACAAUUUCGCCAUCAAAGUUCGCCGCUCCCAGACCCAGACCGCGUCCUCGGGAGCUUCAUCCGCACGCCGCAAAUCGCAACCCUAUUCCAAGAAGAUCCUCGAGGUUCUAAAGGAACGCCCAUCUCCUGAAGCCGAAAGUUCCUCGCCGACGCAGCAACGGUCAGUGAUCAAAGAAGAGAUCCUUUCCGCGUCUCGGCAAACUUUGCCCAGCUCUGUUCUUCCUCCGGCAUCCUUCCUGCCCUUCGACUCCACGUCGUCAGGCGACGUAGAUUCGGACCUUGAGUCUGACGUCUCCUCCGGCCCCUCGUGGACUACCUCUUCAGAUGAGGAAGAGCCGACGACAGCGCUGGGACUCCUCAACAUCUCCCCGGUCCAUACCAGCAACGAGACUGGGGACGCCGAGGAUGGAUCAUCUGGAGACGAAGUUUCCAACAGCGACGACUCGAUUGACCUUCUCGCAACAGCUCGCCAAAUGGACCCCACCUCUGUUCGCGCCUCAGAGCGUGAGUACGACGCCGCGAUCGCUGAUCGUCUGGCGGAGGAGAUCCCUGCGGGU